AUUCGACGUCGCGCCUGCUUUCGCGUCUUUUCUCGUUCUGCCACCAAGGCCAGCCACAACACAGCUCCAACCUCUGCCUCAUCGUCCUAUAUAUCUGCUUACCAUGAACGUUUUCUCUACUCCGAACGCCGCCCCUUCCUACAACGACUUUACCGCCCACUUCCGACACCCCUGGAUAGCGAAGCCGUGCAUGAAGCGCCAGCAUAGCUCCAGCCCAAGCGACAGCGAAUCCAGCGACGAACGCCAGGUUAAGCGCCGGCGCUAUGCGAACUUUGAGCGCGGCUUCUCGCGCCUCAGCCUCGCUGACCCCCUGCGGAACUCUUCCCCCUCCGCGGGGUCUUCGAGCGCGCAUUCCAAUGAACCGGAUAUCACGGAGAUUCAGCUCCCUCACACGGACGUACCCAUCUCCUCGGAUGGAACGACGCCCAUGGAACUGGACACGCCGGGUACGGAAGUCCCGAGCACGUCCUUCCCGACCCCCAUUCCUAGUCCGGUGCCCACCUAUACGGUCAAGCCCUCGAGCGUGGAGGAGCCAGGAUCGAAGAGCCCCUCGACCUCCCCUCCUGUGCCAGAUAUCCACAUGAAGGGCAUGCACUCUUACGAACCCGAGCGCGAUCGUGUCAUCAUCACCGACCUCGACUCGUCCUCGGACGAAGAAGAGGAAGCGAGGACGGAGGACGCAGCCGACUUCGACGCCGCUGGUAUCAGCGUAUCGCCCGCGCUCCUGCAGCGUAUACGACAGCGCCAGAUUGAGCAAACGUCCCUCCCUCUUCCCUCUUCAGGACCUAGCCAAGCGCUUGUCCUGUUCAAGCCCCCACCACCCCUAUGGACCGCGGCACGCGACCCCGUAGAUGAAGACGAGGAACCUUCGACGUCGAAGACGCCAAAAACAAAAUCAAGUCAGCAGCGGCGUACCGCUGCCGCUCACACCACUCACAACUUCAUCGACGCCGACGAUUCUAUCGUGCUCUCCGAUCUCGUUCGCACGGGCGAGCAUUCACGGUUACGACGUCGCGGCGCCAUGCGUCUCGACCAUGGGCUGCAUACGCAUGCUAUGGCGCGGACGGCGGCGCCGGCGGACGACAUCGACGAGGGCACCACCGGCGGCACAUCCACCGAACCUAUGCACCUGCAGCGCUACCCUCUGCGGCGGUACUCCUCCGUAGGACCUGCGGACGAGUAUCGAUAUCAGCUUUACUGUAAUGGCUGCCAGCUUCAAGGAGGCACUGACGAGGACCCCGAAUGGUUGGAGAGGUCGCCGUCGCCGUACGAACCGUCUCCGCUUCCCCUUUACCCCACGCCCCCGCGUUCUGCGUCACCGCGAUCGCCACCGACAAACGCGGCUCCAAGUUGCGGGGCGCUCAUACAUGGACAUGCUGCCCCGCGGCAACGUCUGGGGGUGUGGACAGCGAAGAGUGAAGCUUCCGACGUAGUGGUUCCUAUGGAUCCGGAGUACUUCGAGAGCAGCGCUAUCGCCAAGGUUAUACACAGUCCUUGCGGUUGUGUUCGCGAAUGUGUUGGUUGCGCCCUAUGUGGCAACCCACUGGGCACUCGCUUCAAGCCUUGCGCAUCAGCCGCAGUCAGCCUCUUCAGCUCGAGCAUCUCCCCCUCCCGAAAUUCUGGUCAUAAAUUACGACAAACUGCUAUGCGCAGUAUGCCCACCUGCCCAUCCGGCCCCGACUACUACAAUCAAGCUCCCGUCUCCCAAAAUACCACACCCGGUGAAGGCGAUGUAUACAUGUACACGUUCUUCUCGUCUUCCGUCACCUCGUACCCGCGCUUCGUCUUCCCUUCUCGGGAGGACCCCGAGCACGACCAUCACCACCGGCGGGGUUCGUCUGGGUCAGUGGACGCAGACGCGCUUGACCAGGGGGAAGAGGCGCCGACGCUUAUGUUCGACCGCUUUGUCACCUCGUCGCCGCUGCCUAUUUCCGAUGCGGGCGGUGCGGACGAGUACGUGACCCCAUCUGCCGACCUCUGGAACGCACCAUCUGCCAUGGUAGACCCGGACGGUGAUGAUCCAGCCGGUUGCUACUGAGCAGGAGAUUCAUGGUUGUACAGUAUCUCAGCGCCUCGGGUUGGAGGAAUAUCUGGAUCUCUUGCACGUCUUAUCCCUUAUGCCGUCUGCUAUGUAUCCCUCUGGCUGGACCAGUUAUGUAUCAUCAUAUUUACGCACUGAACAUGUAUGCACGCCCGUUUCUUGGCCGCAUUCCUUCCUGUAUCAUACUCUAUUGGGACUUCGCACCGUACUUUAUACGGUCAAAUAUAUCGGCUGGACAUUACGAUGG